GAAGCAUGUUUCUUGCCAAGGCGUUUUUGGAAGGGGCAGAUCGGGGCCUCGGGGAAGCCCUGGGAGGCCUUCUUGGAGGAGGAGGUCAGAGACGAGGAGGAGGAGGAGGAGGAGGAGGACGGGGCAAUGUUGGCGGGAUCGUUGGCGGACUGGUGAAUCUCAUCAGCGAGGCUGCAGCAGCUCAUUACACCCCGGAGCCACCACCCACCCAGGAGCAUUUCACCAACGUGGAGGCCCACGAGAGCGAGGAGGUCAGGCGGUUUCGGCAACAGUUUGCGCAGCUGGCGGGCCCGGACAUGGAGGUGGGGGCCACCGACCUCAUGCACAUCCUCAACAAAGUCCUCUCCAAGCACAAGGACCUGAAGACCGAGGGCUUCAGCCUGGACACCUGCCGCAGCAUCGUGUCUGUCAUGGACAACGACACCAACGGGAAGCUGGGCUUCGAGGAGUUCAAGUACCUGUGGACCAACCUGAAGAAGUGGCAGUGCGUGUUCAGGCAGUUCGACCAGGCCCGCGCCGGGGCCCUGAGCAGCUCCCAGCUGCGGGCCGCGCUGCAGGCCGCCGGCUUCCAGCUCAACGAUCAGCUGUACCACAUGAUCGUCCGGCGCUACGCCGACGACGAGGACGGCAGCAUGGACUUCAACGGCUUCAUCAGCUGCCUGGUCCGCCUGGAUGCCAUGUUCCGGGCCUUCAAGUCCCUGGAUAGAGAUGGGGACGGCCGGAUCCAGGUGUCCAUCCAGGAGUGGCUGCAGCUGACCAUGUAUUCCUGAGGUGGGCAGGCCCCCCCGCCCCCGGCCCCGGAGGACAGGACUGCC